GUUUUUAAAGGUUCAGUAAAUUUAAUUGCAGCUUCAAGUCUUUUGAUUCCAGCUUCAUCACCAAAACCCACUAGAGCUAGUCUUUCCAAUUUAAAAAAGAAACAUGCCGAGUGAUACAAAACAGAUGCUAAAAGAAGCAAAAAUUAAUUUAAGAGACAAACAGCCGAUGGAGGCCAUGAAAAAAUGUCAAACAAUUUUAAAAAGUGAUAAACAAAAUUACAUGGCGCUCGUAUUGCUAGGAGUUGCUAUGAAAGAAAUUGAUGAUCAUAAAUCCCGAGCUCCUGCAGCUUUUAAAAAAGCCAUUGAACUUCAACCUGAUAAUCCAUUAGCAUGGAAAGGAAUUGUUUCUUAUUAUGAACUCCAGUCUGAUAAUAAUGAGAUGCAGAAUGAAUUAAUACCGGCUUAUUGUAAAUUACUUGAAUGUGAUUGUGAACCGCAAAAAUUUGUAUAUUAUAUUGAUCAAAUAACAAAAUUAUUAAUUUCAUCAGAAAAUAUAAAUAUGCUAGAUCAAGUGAUACAAGUGUUCUCAAAAAUAAAGUCUGAUGAAAAAAGGGAUAAUAACGAUUUAUCUAAAAUAAAUGAAGCACUAUUUACAAUUUUUUCAAAUUUUUCACAAGCUCCAGAACAGUAUACAGAGCUCUAUGAACAAGUUUUAUCUUCAUUACUUGAUAAUGAUUGCCCGAGUAAACAAAUAGAAUAUUAUAAAACGUAUUUAAAGUUUCUUUUUUUAAAAAAAAAAUUUUUAGAAGCGAUUGCUAUUGCUACUGAAAUGUAUAAAAAAUAUCCUCGAGAAAUUUAUCCGUUAGAGGGAAUUUGUCGAAUUUAUGCCGAGCAAAACAUCAUGUGUGAAUUCAAAUUUUCCGAAGAUUUCCAAAUAGAAGGGUUUUAUAAAGUAUUGUUUGAGCUUAAUCCGAACAGUUAUUUUGCAUUUUUUGCUAAAGCUGUACACUGUUGGAAAAACAAAAAUUUUAUUGAAGCAAGAGAUUUACUUCAUCAAGUAAUUCUUUUACACCCUAAUUUAUUUUAUUGUCAUGCUGCUCUUAGUGAAAUCAAUUCAAAAUUAUACUGUUGGUCACAAGCAGAAAAUUCAGCAAAACAAGCUUUGAAAAUAGUUAAUAAAAAUUCUACUGAUAUUCGCUAUAAAUUAGAAUUAUUAUUAAUUGAAUCAUUGGUAAAAAGUGACAAUAAGGCCAAAUGGAAAAAAUCCGUGGAACUAUGUUAUCAACUACUCGAAAAUAAUGCUUCGGAUCAAUUGAAGAUAUUUUUGGCACGAGCUCAAGUACUCCUUAAUGAUAACGAAGUAAUUUCAUUAUUAGAAGAACUAGAAAAAAAUCCAAAAACGCGAUUAGAAGCUGUAGAAAUUCGUGCAUUACAUCUUAUUAAUAAUGGCUCACUAGAAGAAGCCAUUGAUGUUCUUGGAACUGCUUUACAAACAUCUGAAGCAUGGAAACUACUUGGUAAAAUUUACUGGUCUAUGAAUAAUUAUAGUCAUAGUUUAAUGGCAUUUCUAAAAGCUAUUCACGCUAAUGCAUAUAAUUGGGAAUGCCUUGUUUACCUUGGUCAUUAUUAUCGAGAGCAUGGAAAUGAUUUAGAAAAAUCAAGAAAAUGUUAUCAAAAGGCUUUAAGAAUUAAUCCUGAUUCUGAAGAAGCAGGUGCGGGAUUAAGUACUGCUUAUCGGCUCUUAAAAAAUACCGAAGCUAACGUUCAAAUGUUACAUCAAAUAACCAACAUUGAAGGUGGGGGUCCAAAAUGGGCUUGGCUACAACUUGGUCUUCAACAAUUAGAUCAAGGAAAUAUGGAACAAGCCAUUAAAUCACUUCGUUUUGUUAUCAGAACAGAUCCCAAUGACAAUCAUUGCUGGGAGUCAUUAGGCGAUGCUUAUUGGGCACGAGGGGCGCACACAUCAGCUUUGAAAUCCUAUCAACGAGCUCUAGAGUUAUCCCCUGGUUCUCUUUACCCUAUGAUUCAGCUUGCUAACAUUCAAUUGGCUCUUGGACGACAUGAACAAGCAAAAGAAGCUUUUAUGCAAGUUCUAUCCCAAGAACAGCGUUAUAUUCCGGCUUUAAAAGGCUUAGCAGAAACAUGUUUAGGUUUAGCGAAAGAAAAUUCGCGUAAUCAAUUGUUAGGUAGAGCAAGGAGACAUUGUCAGCAAGCAGCAGAUUGUCUUACUGAUGCUAUUAUUGAGAACUGUAAUUUAUCAUGUUUGUGGAAAUUACUAGGAGAUACUUGUUAUCGAGUAGCUACGUUACCAGAUAAAUAUAGUUCCAUUAAAGUUGCUGCUGGUUUAAUGAAGAUUGUUGAUAGUAAAGAACAGAUUGAAAUUCAUAGAAAUGAACUUUUUACUCUUGCAACAAGAUGUUAUUGUCGUUCUCUAAAUCUUACCACUGAUUCUGCAUUAUUAUGGCAUGAUUUAGCGUGCUGUUAUUAUUCACAGCUCCAUUUUGAUUGUUCAGCUGAUCGUAAAGUAAUAGCGCAAAAAAGUUUUGAAGCUGCAAAGCAAGCUAUUAAACUUUGUCCGACUAAUUGGAGUUAUUGGAAUAUUUUAGGAGUUAUUUGUAUGACAGAAGAGAUAAAAAAUUAUGCUCUUGCUCAACAUUGCUGGGUUAUGGCUAUCGAUAGAGAAUCUAACAAUGCAAUUGUUUGGACAAAUUUAGGAACUCUCUAUUUGUAUUUAGGAGAUCCUUAUAAGGCAAACGAAGCAUUUUCUCGAGCUCAACGUUUCGAUCCAGACUAUCAAAAUAGUUGGAUCGGUCAAGCUUUAAUUGCUGAAUCAGUUCAAAAUAAAGAAGCAAUGGAUCUUUUUCGUCAUGCAACACAACUUGGGUAUCAUCCUCAAGCAGCUGUUGGUUAUGCACACUGGGUCCUAACAACGGUUUUAGAUCGUGAAGCUAAAAAAGAUCCACUGUAUAAUUACGUUAUUGAGAAUAUGCAUGCAAUACCUGUAGCAACAGAUGCUAUGACGUGGUUUACUGAAAGAGAACCGCAUGUAAUUUUUGGACGAAACGCUUUAGGGCUUUUAUUAGAGCGUCAGAAAUUGUUGAAACCUGCAAUUCGAGAAUUCAAAGCAGCUUUAGAAUUCUCACAUAAACAAGAUGUAAACUCAGAUGAUCAAAUAGAUAAACUUAAAGUCAAUUUGGCUCGAGUUUUAGUACAGCUAGGGGAUUAUGAUGAGGCUGUUGAAAUAUAUGAAAAUAUAAAAGUUCCAAAUUUUAAUACACAUUGUCAACGAGCUUUGGCUUUAUUUAAAGCUACCAAAUAUGAGGAAUCAUAUGAAGCCUAUAAUGCAGCGUUAAAUUGUUUAGAAGAAGUUGGAUCUGAUACAGCACACGUGCUUUGUGCCAUGGCAUCGAUGGCUUAUAUGUUCCAAGAUAUAGAUGAUGUAAAAACCCUCCUCUUUCAAUGUAUUCAAAUUCAACCACCAAUUGUGUCUGGACUUCUUGCUGCUGCUGCUCUUGGUCUCCUUCACGAUGACUCAAAUCUCACAACAUUAGUUCUUCAAGAAUUGAAACCUUACAAAAAUGAUUGUAAUUAUAGGCGUCACAUUGCUCUUCUUUCUGCCUAUUUACAUCUUUUACAUGAAGAAGAUGCUUCUAGUGCAAUUCGUGUUAUUUCAAAAGCAAUUCAUCGAUAUCCAGAUGAUGCUGGUUUAUGGAUUGGUCUCGUAAGAAUUUUGCUUGAAACAGAUUCACGUCAUUUUGGACAUUGUGCUCAAAAAGCUUUGUAUCUUGGACGGAAGAAUUCAACCAUUGCUGCAGCACAAGUUGCAUGUAUAUCAUCUCUUGGACAACUAAUAGAUGAUCCUCAAAAUCGAAAGGGAUUGUACUCUGUACAAAAAACAAUAUAUUCCUUCCCUGGAAGUGUUGAAAGUUGGGCUAAUCUAAUUGUCGCACUUUUAUCAAGAGUUAAUUCAACAUCAUCAAUAAAUGCUGAAUGGGUGUCUUCAUUAAUUUCUAUAAUCCGUAAUGAAUGGAAAAAAACUAAAAUAAUGGAUGAUUGGUUACAGGCAAAUGAUGAAAUGACUUCCAAGUCAUAACGCCGUGUUAACAAUUUAAUUGAAUGAAGAAAGCGA